GUAGUCCAGCAGCAGACUGCGUACGUCACACACAAAACAGGACUAUACAUCCCCCGACAUACAAACACACAGACUCACUCGCUCAAUGCUCAGUCACACUCUCCAUUCACUAUCUCUUAGUACCUUUCUCUCUUCGACAGAAACAAAAACUCACACUGAGACACUGAACAAACACACACUCAACCACCUUACACACCAAACUGCUCGGACCUAGCAGAGGCACCAGGGAGUGUUGCCCUAAAUAUGUCUUUCCAGCAAAACAAAGCUGAUGUAAAGGCCAUCAUGGCUCGCUUCCAAGCGAGUGGGGCGAGCACUGACGAGACUUCUUCCAUGCCGGCUGCACGUCCCAAACCAGUCCUUCAACCCACCCUCUCCUCCGGCCCGCCUGUACAGACAAAGAAGCCUGUCUUGGAGAGCCUCUCAGGCAGCGCAAUAAAUGUUGCUCCCAAACCCAAUUUCCUGAAAAAUACAGUAUCAGCUAAAAGUGACACAGAGCCCCCUGAACUAAACAAAGCCAAAGCCCUUGCAAGCAGGUUUGCAAACACACAGGAUGACACCAAUGCCAAUAGCAAACCUUUACAGCAUAAACAGCCAUCAGCCUUGAAAACUUUUUCACAGCUUCCUGAAACUAAAGGCCCUGUACAGAAGCCUCCAUUCAGUAAGACUCCACUCAGCUCCACCAUGUCAGAUGCCAAACCUGCUUUUCCUAAACCCUCUCCAGCAGUCACUUCCAAGCCCAGCUGGGUGAAAGAAGACAGCGGUGGUGGUCCAGCUGUCCCCACGCCACCCACUGCACCUCCUUUACAACAAAAACCGAGCAGCAGCGUUUUAAAGUUACGCCAUCAAAAUGAAGACAUCACGGGAGCUAACAAGGACAUUGUGAACAAACCUCUGAUUAAGUCGCAGUCCAACUUCAAGUCAGCGCAGAACAUGUUCAACAAGGAGAAGGACAAGACUGAGCAGUCAGAUAACGAUGCGACAGCGGACGGAGUCAACAAAGCGCCUCUCUCUGCUAAAAACUCUUCCGUUCCUCCCAAACCUCCAGCCACUAAAAAACCUAGCAUCUAUAAGCCUUCAAAGCCUUCUCCUCCUCCUCAGACCAGCAGCAUUAACGAUGAUGCCACUUCAGGUCCAAAACGUAAACCCCUUCCCAACAGUUUAGCCUUGGGCCCUGCUCCUUCAAAACCCAACAGACCCCCCAAGGUCAACUUGGAGAACUUUAAAAGGGGCACGGAGGCCUCUGAUGACGGUCCUAGCGCCUUUAAGAAACCCACUGUACCAGCUCCUCUAGCCUCUCACCCCAGUAACCUCAGCAACCACGUGCCACCGACUCCGGCUGCAGUCCCGAGUCUGCCUCCACGUCACCCCGGAUCCAUGGUCCAGCAGGAGGACUUCUAUGAUGACGUUGAUGAAUUCAGCAGUGCUCCUCCACCUCUGCCACCAUCUGCAGCUCACCCAAGUCAAAGAGGAAAGGAGGAAGAGACUGAUGAUGAUGGAGAGACGUAUGAGGAUCUUGAUGAACGAUGGGAAGCGGCUGAACAAAAACAAGAGAAGAAAGACGAGAAAGAGGAGAAAAAACGACUGGAGGCCGAGAAGAAGGAGCAGAAGGAACGUGAGAAGAAGGAACAAGAUGCCAGAAAGAAAUUUAAAUUGGUUGGCUCCCUGGAAGUCAUCCACCAAGGGAAGGCCCGUGUGGAUUGCAAAGGCGGUAAGACUGACCUUGCUCUGAAGCAGGGAGAACCUCUGGACAUCAUCCGUGUCCAAGGCAAUCCAGAGGGAAAAUGGUUGGGACGGACGCAGGACGGAUCCAUUGGUUAUGUGAAAACUACUUCAGUGGAAAUUGACUUUAACACUCUGAAGAAACGUAAAGCAACCCAACAGACAUAUGACCCUGAGGUAUACGAUGACAUUGAUGUGGCCCCGUCUGAUAACAGUGGGAAGAAAGGAGUUGUCCUACCUCCGUUGCCCGGAGGAGAAGGAGGAGAAAUAUAUGACGAUGUUCUUGAUCCAAACUUGGACGUCAGUAUGUCGGACAUCAAGUCUUCUCUUAUGAAGAAUGGUAGCUUCCUGCGGAUCUUUGACCGGAGCAGACGUCUUGCCAGCACUAAAGAAGUGCCUCCACCCAGCCAGUUUACCGCAGACGGGAAUUCAGAUCAGCCAGCAGCGACUGAUGAGGAGAUAUACGAUGAUGUUGACUCGCAAAACGUGCCUCCACCUCCUUCCCUCAGCAGCCUUUUAACCCUGAAAAAGAAGAAUGACGAGGACUCGAAGAAGCAGAAGAAGUUCGAGAAAGAGGAGAAGGAAUUCAGGAAAAAGUUUAAAUAUGAAGGGGAGAUACAGGUGCUGUACCAGGUGGACAUCAUCCCGACACUUAAUAAUAAGAAGUGGAGUGGGAAAGAGCUUCCAGUGAAAGCGGGAGAAAAACUUGACGUCAUUGUUAAAGCCGCGGAUAACAAACUGAUCUGUCGGAAUGAGGAGGGCAAGUUUGGUUAUGUUUCGACCAGUCACAUCGUUACGGACGAUGGUGAUAUCUAUGAUGAUAUUGGAGAUGAUUGCAUCUACGACAACGAUUAAGAAACAUCCUGCACAGGGUUUUAUUGUUUUACACGGAUAUCAGUCUUGUUAUUUAUUAUGUUUGUCGAUGGUAUGCACUGGGAAAUGCUUUUGGUCGACCUGAUAAUCAGAUUGUCAUUUAAUUUCCACUUCAUUACUUAUUCAUCACAACCUGAAAUCGCUGAAUAAAUUGGAUAUGUGAGCGAUGAUUUGGAGAUUUGGAUUUCUCAGGCUAGAUUUAAUUCCUUUGAACAAUGUCGUCCUUUUAAAUUUUGAUUCUUCAAAAAAACAACAAAAUUAUUUCAUGUUUUCUUGCAACAUCUCAGCAACAUGGGAAACAUUUGUUAGAACAACAGUAUUUGCAUAUGUUUGUUUUUCUUCUUUUGGACCACCUUUAGACCUUUACACAGCUCUGCACUGUGUUUACGUGUAAGUUUCUACUGUAAUGCAAUUGUAUAAGAAUGGCUACAAGUUUAAAUGAAAGUUGUAAACAUUACUUGUUUUUGUGGUUUUAAUUAUUGUCCGUGAUACUGUCUGAGAGAACUCUGGUGUCUAAAGUUUCAACAUGUAGACUAAACAAAUGUUUUAGUGUCUGUACAAACUAUUAUGAAAUACAAUUUUGGAGAAAAAAAAAAA